CGGCGAUGCCGGGGUAGCGCCGGGCGGCCAUGGCGCGGGGGGGCGGCCCUCCGCUGCGGCGGCUGCUGCUGCUGCUCCUGCUGCAGCUCCUGGCGCUCCCCGCCGGCAGCGGCAGCCGCGCCGGGCCCGACCCCAUGUAUGUCUCCGAGUACUUCUCUCAGAGCGCACAGAAGCUGUCCUUCUACAGCUGGUAUGGGAACGCUAAGCUCUUCCACUUCCAUGUGCCGGAAGAAACUGUGCUGCUUCGCUGGCUUCUGCAAGCAUCCCGGGGAAAAGGACCUGAGUGCACUGACAUGGAGAUCACAGUGCACUUUCGCUAUGGGGCCCCUCCCGUAAUUAACCCACUGGGCACUGGUUUUCCUGUUAAUGCCACUGUCCGUCCUUCCUAUAACAUCAGCAUCACUCUGAGCAGUGCUGUGCAGAACACCACAUUUGUGAACAUCACCAGCCCUGCUGCUGGAGACUGGUUCAUCGCUGCCCAUCUCCCUGAGGCUGCUGGCAGGAUUGAAGUGAAGGGUUUCUCCACUCCAUGCCCCUAUAUGUUCCAGGCAGAUAUGUUUGUGCUCAGACUCACUGAUAUGCCUGUUCUGGAGCCUGGUGUUGCCAUGCCACAGACAGUUGUCUCGCCUGCUAAGCCACUGCAUGUCAAGGUCUUUGUUCCCAAGCAUGCUGCGGGGAUGCGGUUUGAGCUGCGAAGCUGUGUGACGAGGGAGCGGAGAGCAUGUGCCGUGCGGGUAGUGCUGGGCUCCAUCACGCUGCCCCAGUCCUUCCAGAAGAUCAUCACCUGCACUGGGAAUGUAAACUGCAGCCUGGCCAUGGAGUCACCCCCCUGGGAGAAGUGGCUGCAGAUCAUGGUGGAGAGCCUUGGCCCUGCCAAUGCCAGUGUGUCUGUGGAGAUGCUGGCUUCUUUCACAGCUUGCAGACCAGGAAGUACCAGUUCAUUUCUUAACUUCAGCAGCCUCAACCAGAGCCAAACUGGUCCCAGACCAGGUAGCACAGGAGCAGCAGGGAGCUCCGCUCUGUCUACUGCAGAGGCUUCACACAACGCAUCUGGCCAGAGGAGCUUCUGCCUGCAGAACCAGCCCGUCGUUCGUGAGGACCUGGACGUGGUGUCUGUGCGGUACAGGCUCUUGAAUGGUCCCAGUGUGCCUGUGAACAACCUCUCCCCUACCCUGCUCCUCCUCAACCUGAACACUGGCAUGGACAGCGGGGGUUCCCUCGUGAUCAGUCUCCUGCUCAACAAGACAUCCGUGAACCUGGCCAAUGCCUCCGUGGUAGCGUGUGUGAGUGCUGCUUCACCGGUGCUGUCCCUCAAUGCCACACACAACUGCAGCACAGCUUUUUUCCAGGGCUACCCUCUGAGUGUGAGCAUGUCCUCUGCGGAAGCGACGCUAAUUGUCCUGUACCCACAGACGGAUGACUGGUUCCUCUCCCUGCAGCUCUCCUGCCUGAAGGGCCAGGGUCAGUGUAAUGCUGCAGAAGCCAAAGUGACCGUCUUUGCAUACCUCACCCCCUGCUUCAAUGACUGUGGGCCGUACGGACAGUGCAGUCUCCUGAGAAGACACGGCUACCUCUAUGCUGGCUGCAGCUGCAAGGCUGGUUGGGGAGGGUGGAGCUGCACGGACGAUGCCAAGGCCCAGUCUAUCAGUGUGCAGAACCUGGCCACCCUCCUGCUCACAUUGAGCAACCUCAUGUUCCUGCCGGCCAUAGCGGUUGCUGUUUAUCGUUACUACCUGGUGGAGGCCUCCGUCUACACCUACACCAUGUUCUUCUCCACGUUCUACCAUGCGUGCGACCAGCCAGGCAUCGCAGUGCUGUGCAUCAUGGACUACGACACACUGCAGUACUGUGACUUCUUGGGCUCUGUAGUGUCCAUCUGGGUGACGAUCCUGUGCAUGUCCCGCGUGAAGAAGAUCCUGAAAUACGUCCUUUUCGUCUUGGGGACUCUGUUAAUUGCCAUGUCCCUGCAGCUGGACCGCAGAGGGGUGUGGAACAUGAUGGGUCCCUGCCUCUUUGCCCUCGUCAUCAUGGUUGCAGCGUGGGUUUACCACGGCGUGAAGCGCAGGCACUGCUACCCCUCCUCGUGGAAGCGCUGGGUUUUCUACCUCCUCCCAGGGAUCACCUUGGCUUUCACUGCCAUCUCAGUAUAUGCAUUCAUGGAAACCAAUGAGAACUAUUACUACACCCACAGCAUCUGGCACGUGCUGGUGGCUUGCAGCGUUGCUUUCCUGCUUCCUCCUCGGGACAAGCAUAAAAAGCCCUGGGCCUGGUCACAGAAGCUCACUUGUCGCUAUCAGAUCUGCCAGAACGACCGUGAGGAGCUGUAUGCUGUGACAUGAACUGCUCUGCUCCUGGUGGCUGAGGUGGAGGCUGCUGAGGUUGCUCUUGGCCUGGGCUGCCCCUCUCUCGCACGUCAGCAAUCCUCUUACGUGCUUGGUUACUGGCUGGGAGGGCGCAGCAUGCACCAGGUUUGAAGAUGGAGAUGGUGGGCUUGUCUUGUGAGGGCAAGCUUGAGGCCACCUCUGCUUUUCUGCUGGGAUGGGGCAGGCUCUUUGUGAUUCUAGAUCAAGGAAUAGCCUGUCCUGCACCUCCCCAUGGCCCUGGGGGAAAUCGCAAACCCUCCUUCCCCUCCUGCUGCAUCCAUGAGGCUUGGGCUUAGCCCGCACUGAGCUGCACCCCCUUUCCUAACAGAGGGCUGUGGGGCAGGGGUUUCCCCUGCUGUUUUGCAGUCAGCAUUUGAACCCAAGAAAGAUGGGUUUCUUCUGACCUAGGGGGCAAAUACUGCCACAUACCCUUGGUGCUGGUGGGGAGGAAGCUGAUCCUGGUGUGUACUGGGCCCUUGGAUGUCAUGUCCACAGGGGUCUGCAGCCUCUCUUGCUAUGAAACAGGCAGUGCUGCUCUUACCUAGUCCUGUUUCUGGGGAGGGGAAGAACAAGGCUGGGACCUGGGCCCUGGAUUCAGGGUCAGACUUGGCAGGAAUGUGAAAAAACCAAGGUGAGGCCAUGCAAGAAGCAUCUCACCCAGAGCUGUUAACCUGCAGCAGGGCAGGGUUCAGUCCAAGUUAACUUUAGCUGUCAGCUCAGCUAGAAGGAGCCAGGCUGCUGCAUUGUCCCCUUCCUCCCUCGAUGUUCAGGUAUUUACAGUCUUCCUCCCUUCUGUGGGUUUGGCAUGUGUGCAGCUCUGCCUGGGGCAGUGUGCAUGGUCCAGGAUGAGGUCUGAGCUGCUCGCUCCCUGCUCCUCCAGCCUGCUGUGCCUGGGAGGCUGGGUGUGUUGCAGGAUCACAGCCGAUCUGAGGCCACUGGCAGCAUCCUGCCCCAGCCAGGAGCUUUGCUAUGAGCUCCCCAGAUGCCUACAGUCUCCUUUGCAGUGUCUGUCUCACCUUAGCCUUACUAAAGGGCACACAGACAUCAGAAGACAAGGGCAGAAGCUUAGCAACCAGGAAAGCUGGGUUUGCCCAUCCAUAUCCUGUAGAUAAGAGCUCAAAUACACUGUUCCUUGCUGGUUGAUUCCAGCGGUCGGUUGGGUGUAGACUGCUGGGAGCCCCUCCUCUGGUGGCUCUGUGGAGGAAAGAGCUAUUUCUGAAGGAUUUGCUUCCUCGGGAUCCUUUCUUUGCUUUGAAGAGCAGCCAGCCUCCUGCUCAGCUCUGCACUUUACCCUCUGCCUCCCCUCCUCUUCAAGCUCUGACUUCCUAAGCAGGUGAAGGGCACUCGCCUGACCCCAGCGAUGUUGUCCCGCCUUUCCCUUUGCUGCAGGAUGGGACUGGGGUGAGGGACGCGGGGCCCUCAGGGCUUCUCGAACUCAUCACUUUUAGGCACUUUUCCCCCCGUUUCGGUUUGCACAGUGGCGUUGCAGCCCCAGUACCGUGCCAGGAGCUCCCGCCGCUCCAUCAGCCGUGCCCUCCGUGCCGGGCUGCCCGUUACCGGAGAAAGCAAUAAUUAAUUCCUCACCGGGCCUUUGGGGCGAGAAAUCCCGCUACUGUGAUUGUUUAUUUUGUGUUGAUCGUGGACGUUCUGCUCUAUGCCUCCUGCUGCCCUGCACAAGGUUGCGUUCGGUGGCGGUUGGUGUUCAUUAUCUGGGGUAAGACCUGAGGGAAUUCCUGGGGAAAGAACAGGUUUGUUGGGUUGAUUUCCUUUGCUGUUACUACCUGUGAUUAUUUUAUACGGUGGAUUUUAACGCUUACAGUUUUAUAAUCCAAUAAAGCUAUUUGAGGGCA